UUGCUUUACUCGAGAUAAAAGACUUAAACAUUUUCAGAAAAUAUAAAAUUUCCAUUUAGUAUACACUUCAACAUAUAUUUUAUACAAUGCCUGGCGGUUACGAUGGGGCUGUGACAAUAUAUUCGCCCGAUGGACAUUUGCUGCAAGUGGAAUACGCUCAAGAGGCGGUGCGCAAAGGUUCCACAGUGGUGGGCCUGCGCACGAAGGACUGCAUUGUGCUGGGCGUUGAAAAAAAGGCCGCGGAUACCCUGCAAAUAGAGCGUACAGCGCGUAAAAUUAGAAAACUGGAUGAUCAUCUGAUAAUAACAUUUGCGGGUCUCACGGCCGAUGCUCGCAUAUUGGUGAAUCGCGCCCGGAGCGAGGCUCAGAGCCAUCGACUGAACUUUGAGCGACCCGCAACAGUGGAGUAUAUUACACGAUAUUUGGCGAAAUUGAAACAGAACUAUACGCAGAGCAAUGGACGACGUCCAUUUGGCGUCUCCUGUCUAAUAGGUGGCUUCGAUGCGGAUGGGCAGCCGCAUCUAUACCAGACCGAGCCCUCGGGCAUCUACUACGAGUGGUCGGCCAAUACGACAGGUCGUCUGGGCAAAACAAUGCGUGAGUACUUGGAGAAGAAUGCAUCUGACAUGGCCAGCUCGCCCGACGAUGCCACUGCCAUAAAGCAUGUGGUGCGCGCCCUGUUCACGGCCACAUCCCUGAAUGCCAGCUUCUAUGAGCUGGCCGUGCUCAAGUACCAGCAGCCAUUGGAGAUGGUCAGCCCAGCGGUGGUGGCUCAUCUGGUGCAGGUCAUUAAGCAGGAGAAUGCCGAGGAGGAGGCCAAGCAAAAGCAGCGUGCGAAGUCCUGAUUAGUAGAUAUAUAUGAUAUAUUUUCUUCUUUGUUAAAUUCACGUUAGCCAGCGGCACAUUUGUUAACCUUUCGGCCUAAUCAAGACUUGAUGAACUUUU